AUGGCAGACACCUGCUGCUCCAGGACCUACGUGGUGGCCGCGUCCACCCUGUCCGUCUGCUCCAGCGACCAGAGCUACGGCAGCCGCAUCUGCCUGCCCGGCUCCUGUGACUCCUGCCCCGACUCCUGGCAGGUGGACGACUGCCCAGAGAGCUGCUGCGAGCCCCCCUGCUGUGCCCCCACCUGCUGUGCCCCCACCUGCUGUGUCCCCAGCUGCUGUGCCCCCACCUGCUGUGACCCCACCUGCUGUGCCCCAGCAUCCUGCCUGACCCUCAACUGCACCCCUGCGAGCUGCGGGUCCAGCCCCUGCCAGUCAGCCUGCACCAGCCCCUGCCAGCCCUCCGGCUGCAGCUCCUCCCCCUGCCAGGGAGACUGCUAUGUGUCUGUCUGCUGCCAGCCCGUCUGCUGCACCCCUGUCUGCUGCAAGCCCGUCUGCUGCACCCCUGUCUGCUGCAAGCCCGUCUGCUGCACCCCUGUCUGCUGCAAGCCCAUCUGCUGCACCCCUGUGUGCUGCCAGGCCUCCCCUUGCUCAGCCUCCUCAUGCUGCCAGCAGUCUAACUGCCAGCCCUCCGGCUGCAGCUCCUCCCCCUGCCAGGAAGACAGACAGACUAUGUCUGUCUACUGCAAGCCCGUCUGCUGCACCCCUGUCUGCUGCAAGCCCGUCUGCUGCACCCCUGUCUGCUCUGGGCCCUCCCCCUGCUCGGCCUCCUCCUGCUGCCAGCCCAGCCCCUGCUCCUCGUCCUGCUGCAGACCGUCCUCCUGCGUGUCCCUGCUCUGCCGCCCCGUGCGCAGCCCCGCCUGCUGCGUGCCCGCCUCCUCCUGCUGUGCCCCCGCCUCCUCCUGCCAGCCCAGCUGCUGCCGCGGGGCCUCCUGCAUGUCCCUGCUCUGCCGCCCUGUGGGCUCCCGCCAGGCCUGCUGUGUGCCCGCCUCGGCCCAGAAGUCCUGCUGCUGA